AUGCAACAGAAAAAAAAUGGUUUAAAAGAUGAGCAAUUAUUGAUACCUGGAUCAUCUCUCAAUAAACAUUUCAAGUUAAAAGCCCCGAUCAGUGCGGGUGGUUUCGGACAGGUUUAUUCUGGUGUCAACGUCAACAACGGCUAUCCAGUGGCAGUAAAAGCUGAAUCAAUCAAUGCCAAGAUUGGUCUGUUACGGAUUGAAGCAUUUUGCUUGGAAACGUUGAAUCGUUCCAUACGACAACUUUACCGAAAACCUCCAAAGGAACCAAUUCCCAAUUAUUAUGGGUAUGGUGAAACACGUAAUGUUCGAUAUAUGGUAAGA